GCAUUCAUGGUAUUCAUGGUAACCCCGCGGCGCGCUAAGACGGGCCGACCGCCAAAGCUUUGAGCUCCCUGCGGCAACGACGCAGCCUUACCCCGUUUUGUAGUCAUUAUUAUUUCUUGCCCCUCCCCAAGCAUUGCCCUGUCUCACCUCACAGCCACCACCCUCCGUUUCCGUUUCCAUUAAUAUUCCUGAAAACCCCUUCCCUGUCGUUUCUCUCCUCUUCUCUUCCUGCGCCCGCCCGGCUCUGAUCGUGUUCACCAAACAAACAAGAACAUCACCCAAAUUCGCGCCGCAAUGGCGUCUCCUGCUGUUCACCAGGCCAUCAAGGAGGCUGCUUUGAAAUAUCGCUUUCCAGAAGGUCGCGUUUUCGAGUAUGGAACUGCAGGUUUCCGCAUGAAAGCGGACUUGCUUAACACUGUCGUCUUUGCCGUAGGUCUCCUUGCUGGGCUCCGCUCAAAGAAACUCAAUGGCCAGUGGAUUGGUGUGAUGGUUACAGCCAGCCACAACCCCGCUGAAGACAAUGGCGUGAAGCUGGUCGAUCCAAUGGGUGAAAUGCUCGAGGCCGAAUGGGAGGCAUAUGCGACCAAACUUGCAAAUGCUCCACUUGAAAAAGUAGCAGAUGUCUACGAUGAAUUGAUCAAGGAGAUUGACAUCAACAUGAAAAACCCUGCUCGUGUUGUAUUUGCUCGCGAUACGCGUGCAUCGGGCUCUCGACUUGUCGGUAUCUUGAGUGCAGCUCUCACUGCUACGGAAGUCGAAUUUACGGACUUCAAAUAUAUGACUACCCCGCAGUUGCACUACGUUGUUCGCUGCAAGAACACCCUUGGUACGCCGUACGAAUACGGGGAGCCCACUGAGGAGGGUUACUAUGAAAAACUUGGCGAAGCCUUUAAGAAGGUCAUGAAGAGUGUCAAGAUUCAUGGACACCUCACUGUUGACUGCGCCAAUGGUGUCGGUGGACCCAAGUUGCGAGAACUCCUCAAGUUUCUCCCACCCGCAGACCAAGGUGGGGUGGAUAUCAAAGUUGUCAACGACAAUGUCAUCAACCCAGACAGUCUGAACUUUGAAUGCGGUGCCGAUUAUGUGAAAACAAAACAGCGAGCCCCUCCAUCAUCCAAAGCGUCGCCCCUAGAUCGCUGUGCAUCUCUUGACGGGGAUGCUGACCGUUUGGUGUACUAUUUCGUGGAUGAGAAUAAUGUUUUCAGGCUGCUUGAUGGUGAUCGUAUUGCAACACUUGCUGCAUCAUUCAUUGGUGAUUUGGUUCGAAAUGCUGGAAUCGCGCAGAAGCUCAAAAUUGGAGUCAUCCAGACCGCCUAUGCCAAUGGAGCAAGCACUGAUUAUAUUGAGAAGGUGUUGAAGCUCCCGGCUGUCUGCACAAAGACCGGAGUUAAACAUCUGCACCACGCUGCCAUGCGCUACGACGUCGGCGUUUAUUUCGAGGCGAAUGGUCACGGAACUGUCACCUUUUCCGAGAAUGCACUGAAGACUAUCAAGAGCUCGGAGCCACAGUCGCCCGCACAGCAACAUGCUUUGGAAUCUCUGAAGGGGCUUACUGACCUUAUCAACCAAGCUGUCGGUGACGCUCUUUCGGACAUGCUCCUGGUUGAGGCCAUUCUAGCGCACAAAGGAUGGACUACUAAGGAAUGGCUCGGCACUUACACCGACCUCCCUUCACGCCUUGUCCGCGUUGAGGUGGCCGAUCGAUCGAUCUUCAAAGCUGUCGACGCUGAACGCAAACUCGAAUCCCCUGCCGGGCUCCAAGACAGAAUUGACGCUUUACAGUCUCGCUACAACAAGGGCCGUAGCUUUGCGCGGGCCAGUGGCACGGAGGACGCUGUGCGGGUGUACGCAGAAGCCGCUAGCAGAUCUGAGGCUGAUGACCUGGCGACUCGUGUUGCGAACGCUGUCAAAGAAGCCGGCUCUGCUAGUGAUGUUUAAACCGGAGGAGAUUGUUGCGUGUUUGAGGAUCCGCCAUAUUUUAGUACGAUUUUCAUUUCAAAAUUUCUGUCUCAAUUCUGGAUGGUUACAGAUAUGAAUAGCCGACUGUCCAAUAAUGCAAUGAUAGUGGGCGAACCCGUUGAGGGUAUAAUGCCGUGACGAAAACAAUUUCUCCUAGGGAUAGAAAAGUCCUGUUCUUCAAAUGACAUCUACAUGCAAUUCCACAUA